AUGGAACCCCAGCUUCCGCCAACCACCUCUGUCAAAUAUGGCAAAGUCUCCCUCAAACGGGUCACCCAACUCCUCCUUGGGUUACUCAGCCAAGUUGAACGCCUUGAGCAAGAAAUUGCUGAGAUCAAGGAAGCAGGGGUUGAGACCCAGACAAAUAUCAAAAAUAUAUCCCAAACUGUUGAUGUUGUCAAGGAUGGGCUCAAAUCCCUCCAGCUCCAAGGGCCCAGAACACCAGAAGGACCCAAACCCAAGGCUGUGGAAGAAACGCCACGUCCCCUACCAAAAGCCAAGCCUAUUGGAUUGGCUAGUGGGGUCCCCUUCUGGUCAGAAACAACCAGGGCUCUCCCAGGCCUUGCCCAGCCAACCCCAAGAAGAGCUGUGCCCCCGCAAGUCCCAUCUCCCCCUCCGUCUCCACGUCUCCAAUCCCCAAUUGGAGCACCUGCCCCUCUCCCUCCGGCUCCAGCAGCCCACUAUCCUGCUCCAGUCAAGGUUGACCACCCCAACGCCUACACAGGCAAAAUAGGGAGCAAAGCCAAGCAGUGGCUGACUUGUAUGCUGGCCUGGACCUGCCUCAAUUUGCGGAUGUUCCCAACCAAUCAGGAGGUUCUUUCCUUCCUCCUGAUGAACAUGAAGGAUUCCGCUGGGGCCUGGGCCCAACCUCACCUAGACCAACUAGGCUCACACCAAGCCAUAAUUCAAAUGGUUGAGGGCUUCAAACUGGAGUUUCUGGCAGCUUUUGGUGACCCUGACGCCACAAGGGCCGCCAAGCAGAAGAUAACCACUCUCACCCAGUCUGGCACAUGCGCAGACUACAUUACAAAGUUCAGAACCUUGGCAAUGGAACUGGACUGGAACAACAUGGCCCUCAGAGGCCAGUUUGCCCGCGGCCUCCACUGGGAGGUCAGCCGCCAAAUUGCAACCCACAAGCACUGCCCCCACACCCUCCUCAAGCUGCAAAAUGCAGCACUUGUCAUUGACAAUGCUCUCUGUGAAGAGUGUACUAGCCAUCCGCCAAAGGAUAAUAAGUCUAGCAGACCAUCAAACCCCGCAAGGGGGACAAGUACCAGCCAAGCCACCUCUGGUUCAAAAAAACUUUCCAACAACCCCAAUUUUGUGUUGGAGGAAGAACAAAACCGCCGCGGCGCUGCCAGCGCUUGCAUCAAAUGCAGUAAAAUGGGUCACAAGUUUGCAGAAUGCCGCACAGGCUGGAAGGCUACCCCUGUUGAGGAAAAGGGGAAAGCCAAGGAAACCGCCAAAGCUGGCAAAGACUCCAAGUACCAAUUGGGAAAAGAAAACGCCCCCCUCUUUACAAUUUCAAUUCAGCCAGAAAAGAAAGCGGAACCACUAGAAGUCCUGAUUGACUCAGGCGCCACCUCCUCCUUCCUACACCCACGCACAGCUGAGGCACUACGCCUUCCCCUAAUAGACCUCCCCGUACACUGCAAUGUUACUAUGCUCAAUGGGUCAAGCCCCCAGGCUGGAAAAAUCUGGAAAAAGGCCAACCUAACCUUUUCCUUCAAAAGCAAAUUAAUGACUGAGACCUUCCUUGUUUGCAACACAGGGUCUCAUGCCGCUAUCUUAGGACUAAAAUGGCUAGACGCCCAUAACCCAGAAAUCAAUUGGAACUUGCAUACCCUUUCCUUCCCUCACGCACCACCAGAGCACGUGACUAUUGCCAAAGAGGAGGAAGCAGAUCAGAAACCCUGUCACAACUCAGCUCAGACCUAUGGUUCAAGGGGGCUUAAAGUCUGUGGCACUAUCACCAAUGGACUAUGA